ACUUUGAGGGGAGAAGGGAGGGGAAGAAGUUGGAAGGGGGAACGGAAAACCACUCUCCUGGUAGCAGUCUCUGCCCACAACAAACCUUGCCUUCUGCCCUUAAGGAAAAUGGCGCCUGGCAUAGAUGCGCUUCCGGCCACGGAGCCAAACAGAACAGAGGAGGCAAGAGGCCGGAAGUGACCGCCCUUUGCCACUCCCCCUGCCUCCUCUCCGCCUUUAACUUCUCGGGAAGAUGAGGCACUUUGGCAUCUGUGGCCGAGUUGCUGUUGCCGGGUGAUAGUUGGAGCGGAGACUUAGCAUAAUGGCAGAACCUGUUUCUCCACUGAAGCACUUUGUGCUGGCUAAGAAGGCGAUUACUGCAAUCUUUGACCAGUUACUGGAGUUUGUUACUGAAGGAUCACAUUUUGUUGAAGCAACAUAUAAGAAUCCGGAACUUGAUCGAAUAGCCACUGAGGAUGAUCUGGUAGAAAUGCAAGGAUAUAAAGACAAGCUUUCCAUCAUUGGUGAGGUGCUAUCUCGGAGACACAUGAAGGUGGCAUUUUUUGGCAGGACAAGCAGUGGGAAGAGCUCUGUUAUCAAUGCAAUGUUGUGGGAUAAAGUUCUCCCUAGUGGGAUUGGCCAUAUAACCAAUUGCUUCCUAAGUGUUGAAGGAACUGAUGGAGAUAAAGCCUAUCUUAUGACAGAAGGAUCAGAUGAAAAAAAGAGUGUGAAGACAGUUAAUCAACUGGCCCAUGCCCUUCACAUGGACAAAGAUUUGAAAGCUGGCUGUCUUGUACGUGUAUUUUGGCCAAAAGCAAAAUGUGCCCUCUUGAGAGAUGACCUGGUGUUAGUAGACAGUCCAGGCACAGAUGUCACUACAGAGCUGGAUAGCUGGAUUGAUAAGUUUUGCCUAGAUGCUGAUGUCUUCGUUUUGGUCGCAAACUCUGAAUCAACACUAAUGAAUACGGAAAAACACUUUUUUCACAAGGUGAAUGAGCGGCUUUCCAAGCCUAAUAUUUUCAUUCUCAAUAAUCGUUGGGAUGCCUCUGCAUCAGAGCCAGAAUAUAUGGAAGACGUACGCAGACAGCACAUGGAAAGAUGCCUACAUUUCUUGGUGGACGAGCUCAAAGUUGUAAAUGCUUUAGAAGCACAGAAUCGUAUCUUCUUUGUUUCAGCAAAGGAAGUUCUUAGUGCUAGAAAGCAAAAAGCACAGGGGAUGCCAGAAAGUGGUGUGGCACUUGCUGAAGGAUUUCAGGCAAGAUUACAGGAAUUUCAGAAUUUUGAACAAAUCUUUGAGGAGUGUAUCUCGCAGUCAGCAGUGAAAACAAAGUUUGAACAGCACACUAUCAGAGCUAAACAGAUACUAGCUACUGUGAAAAACAUAAUGGAUUCAGUAAACCUGGCAGCUGAAGAGAAAAGGCAUUAUUCAGUGGAAGAGAGGGAAGACCAAAUUGAUAGACUGGACUUUAUUCGAAACCAGAUGAACCUUUUAACACUGGAUGUUAAGAAAAAAAUCAAGGAGGUUACCGAGGAGGUGGCAAACAAAGUUUCAUGUGCAAUGACAGAUGAAAUUUGUCGACUGUCUGUUUUGGUUGAUGAAUUUUGUUCAGAGUUUCAUCCUAAUCCAGAUGUAUUAAAAAUAUAUAAAAGUGAAUUAAAUAAGCACAUAGAGGAUGGUAUGGGAAGAAAUUUGGCUGAUCGAUGCACCGAUGAAGUAAACGCCUUAGUGCUUCAGACCCAGCAAGAAAUUAUGGAAAAUUUGAAGCCAUUACUUCCAGCUGGUAUACAGGAUAAACUACAUACACUGAUCCCUUGCAAGAAAUUUGAUCUCAGUUAUAAUCUAAAUUACCACAAGUUAUGUUCAGAUUUUCAAGAGGAUAUUGUAUUUCGUUUUUCCCUGGGCUGGUCUUCCCUUGUACAUCGAUUUUUGGGCCCUAGAAAUGCUCAAAGGGUGCUCCUAGGAUUAUCAGAGCCUAUCUUUCAGCUCCCUAGAUCUUUAGCUUCUACUCCCACUGCUCCUACCACUCCAGCAACGCCAGAUAAUGCAUCACAGGAAGAACUCAUGAUUACAUUAGUAACAGGAUUGGCGUCCCUUACAUCUAGAACUUCUAUGGGCAUCAUUAUUGUUGGAGGAGUGAUUUGGAAAACUAUAGGCUGGAAACUCCUAUCUGUUUCAUUAACUAUGUAUGGAGCUUUGUAUCUUUAUGAAAGACUGAGCUGGACUACCCAUGCCAAAGAGCGAGCCUUUAAACAGCAGUUUGUAAACUAUGCAACUGAAAAACUGAGGAUGAUUGUUAGCUCCACGAGUGCAAACUGCAGUCACCAAGUAAAACAACAAAUAGCUACCACUUUUGCUCGCCUGUGCCAACAAGUUGAUAUUACUCAAAAACAGCUGGAAGAAGAAAUUGCUAGAUUACCCAAAGAAAUAGAUCAGUUGGAGAAAAUACAAAACAAUUCAAAGCUCUUAAGAAAUAAAGCUGUUCAACUUGAAAAUGAGCUGGAGAAUUUUACUAAGCAGUUUCUACCUUCAAGCAAUGAAGAAUCCUAACAAUAGAGAUUGCUUUGGUGACCAUGAUAGGAGGAAACGAAACUUGUAAGAUUGGAACAGUUGUUAUUUUUAUGAAAUUACUUUAAAUAUGAAUUGUACUAACUGUACCUAAAUAGCAAAGCCCUGUGUAGAUUCUGGUAAUGAUCUGUCUCAGGGUAUGUGUAUUUUUGAAGAGUGUUAUGUCCUUAGUUUUAAUUUUGAGUAAAGAAAAGGCUAAAAUCAUGAAUUAGUUACAAGCAACAGUACCAACUUAUGUGACCCCUGAGGGGUGGGGCUGUGAGCUCUUAAUUUGUUUUUGAUUCUGAAAAACUCUGCUUCCUGGCAUCCAGGAGUUAGAGAUUGAGCCUUUCAUCUUCUUUCUCAAAACUAGUUUUUGAUGCUUUCUUUCAUGGGAAUAGUCACUUUUUUAUUUAGUAAAUCGCAUUGCUGGAACCACCAAGGAGUGUGGAAUGUCCUUGAGUGUAUUAUUUAUGCAAGUCACAGUCACUUUGCCAUCAUGGCAGCUAUGUGAAACACUAAUAAAUGUGUUUUUACUUUUUAUUCCCAUUAAAACUGAUGUAAAACAGGAUAAAGGCUUGUUAUAGUCACUUAUAAGUAUCUGGGUCUAAGUAAUUUCCUUAGAUGUUUCUAAAGAAACAUUUUCAGCUUUGCUCCCAUUAUGAUUCCAAUAAGGAACGCUUUCCUAGUGCAAUUUUAGGAGUAAAGUUUGAAGAGAUAAAAAUAGCCAAAGAUAGGAGACGUCUGAAUUUUGAAUGAUAAACAGUGAUGUUUUAAAAAAGCUGUUCUUCAGGAGGUAUUUGCCUAGGAUAUUGCUGGAUUAUACCCCAUUGGAGGCUUUUAAUUUUAUUUGUAUGAAUUUUCCAGGAUUUCAUUAAAAAUUAUUAUUGUAUUUUUUACCUUAAUGAAAGAUUUUGGGUUCAAAUAUCUUUCUAUAUUAAAAGCUGAUUGAGUCUGUACAUAUGUAAAUUAUGCCUAGUGGAGGUUCUGUUGACUUUCUUCCCCACUGUGGAAGAGGCCAGUUUUGCCUCCAUUUGCACAUUCAUUUCAGUUAUUUCUGAUCCAUAAAUGUAACAUUUACAAAAUUCUUCCUUGAGCUGGUGGAAUUGCCUCACCAGUUUCCUCUUUAAUGAAUCAAAUAAAAUCUUUAACUGAUGUUAAAAAAAA